AUGUUAUUUGAUUCGAUAAUACAAUCAUAUGAAUCAUUUAGACCUGAUAGUUCACUUAAGAUUGAAAAGAAUGAUGUUGUCAACAUGGUAAAUCCAAAGUCACAUAAAUUUCCAAAUGCUUUUAUUAUUUACCGAAAAAUGACAAAGGACGGACCGAGGCUGAGGGAUCAAAAAUUAACAGUCUCCCAGGUCUCAUCGUUAGCGGGAAUGCUUUGGAAAAGUGAGGAUAACCAAGUUAAAGAACGUUAUCGAAAAUUAGCUCAAGAGGCUGAAAUAACAUAUAAACAGAAAGUCGGUUUACCUUUACAUAUGAUACAUUACGAUAGUGAGAGAGCCGCUUCCAAAUCAACAUUAAAUACCAUUAAACUAGAGGAACCUAAUUGUGGUAGCCCAGCUGUGAUCAAUCCCUCGAAUAAUUUAAAUAAUUCCAUCAGCGUCCAAAUAACCCCUAUUUCAGAAAGCCACGUUCCUAUUAAUGUUAAUUAUGAUAAUUCGAACAAUCAUUCAGAAUUCCAGCAAAAUUUUUAUUCUGAUACCAAUUUAGAAGGGAUAAAUUAUUCCUGA